GCUCCCGCGUCUGUUGUGAUCUGGCUCGAGAAAGGUCUGUGUUUGAAGCGUUUAAACUGAUAGAAACCGUUCAGUCCAUUUUAUAGUUUUAAGCGAUGCGAGAUCUGCUAUUGAAUGUAACCUACUAAUGCUUUAUCUAACAUUAAUAGACGUUAUUUUGUGAGUAAACGCACUUGUACACGAGUAACAGAAAAGAGAAAGUCCUCGUGACACACUGAUAUAAAGAUGGCGUUUAUAAAAGAGGAGAGUGAAGACUUCAGGAUUGAAGAAGUGUUCAGUCUGAAACAAGAAGAGAUUGAGGAACAAACAGAUCUGUUGUUGCUGAAAGAGGAGAAUCAAGAUGCGAAUGAAAUGGAACAGACAUAUCUGUAUGAGAAACACCAUGAUUUCAUAACUGGUAAAGAAGCCACACAAACAGCAGCUAUACGUAAAAGAGCUCAGAAAACCAAAUCUACCAGCUCUUUCACCUGCCAUCAUUGUGGAAGGAGUUUCAAUGAAAAACGAAAACUUAAAACGCACAUUAGAUUUCACACUGGAGAGAGACCAUUCACCUGUCAACAGUGUGGAAAGAGCUUUGCUCACCAAGGGGCCCUUAAAAGGCACAUGAGAACUCACACAGGAGAAAAGCCUUACACUUGCCAACAGUGUGGAAACAGUUUCACUCAGAAAGGAUCUCUUAAUAAUCACAUGAGAAUUCACUCAGGAGAGAAGCCUUUCACCUGUCAACAGUGUGGAAAGAGUUUCACACAAAAAUCAUACAUUCAUAGACACAUGAUAACUCACUCGGGAGAGAAGCCUUUCACCUGUCAACAGUGUGGAAAGAGUUUUACACAGAAAAGCACCCUUCAUACCCACAUGAGCAUUCACACUGGAGCAAAACCUUAUACAUGUGAACAGUGUGGAAAGAGUUUUUCUUCAAAACGAAACCUUAUAAUCCACAUGAGAAUUCACACUCAAGAGAAGCCUUACUCUUGCAAGUAUUGUGGGAAGAGUUUUACACAUUUGAGCAACCAUAAUUACCACAUGAGAGUUCACACUACACCUAAGUACACAUGUGAUUGUUGUGGAAAGACCCUCACAACAAAAUUUAGCCUUGAGUGUCACAAGAUUAAGCACUCUGGAAAGAAACCCUUCAAAUGUGAUCAGUGUGGAAGGAGUUACAUAUGUAAGGCAAGACUUAGUUACCACAUGAAGAUUCAUUCGGCAGAGAAAUGCUGUAAAUGUGCUCAGUGUGGAAAGAGUUUCAGGAAUAAACGCAGCCUCAAUGCUCACGUUAAAAAACAACACGCACGAAAAAAGACAGUGGGAAGAGCUUCUCACAAAUAGAACAUUUUAAGAUUCACAUAUAGUAUGUGAGGAAUCGUGAACAAACUCACAUGAGAUUUCAUUUUGGGGAGAACUAUUUUAAAUGCGAUCACUGUACGAAGUGUUUCUCAGUCAAAUGAAACAUGAAGACUCACUCUGGACAGAGACCUUUCAAGUGUUUUCUGUGUGUUCCUGAAACAUUAAAGAAAAUCCUGGAAAUAAAGUGUGACUGUGACAAAAAGCACAUUUUAAAAAAAGAAAUAAAGGAGCAAUUUUAAAAAUCAACAGCAUAUUCACUCUGGAGGAAGGCCUCAUGAACUGUGAUCAAUGUAAUGCAUUUCUUUUGACAUCAAACCCGAUAGACACACCUGAGAACUGGCUCUGUAAUUUAAGAUAGACUACGCUCACACCACAGCUUAUUAUGUACUGUAAUUGAUUAUGGCACCUUCAUAGCCAUGUCUUUUAUUUGUAUUUUUCACUUUUUUUAUACUUGUCACGAUAUCCUGUUUCCACACCAGUAGACGCUCUAAUUUUGACUGUGUGGAGAUAUUGUGCCAUUCAGUUUACUGCUAACUUGGAAUUAAAACAUGACCUUUCUGUUUUAAUGCGAAAUGCCACAAUGCAACUAAAUGGUUAUAAAUAAAAUGGUGAACUGCA